CAGUGAUUAACAAAUUGAAAUGAAAAUGUCCGCCGAAAUAAAACGUUUUUAUUUUAUUAUGUGACUGUUUACUCAUAAGGCUAUGUGAGGUGUACCUAUUUAGAAUAUCAAUAAUCCAAAUCAAUAAUAUAAUAACUAUUAUUUGCACAACAUGAUUGUUCAAGAACCUAUACAGGUAAUCGUUUGGGAUUGUCUUAACAAUUACGAAUAUGACAAUGCUAUAUUUCUGGCAGAAAGGCUACACGCUGAAGUUUCUUCGGAGGAAACUGCAUUUUUGCUGGGAACGUGUUAUUACAGAGCUGGACGAAUAAAUGAAACAUUUUACUUACUCCAUAACAUUACCCUCACCCUACCACAGGCUAGAUAUCUAUUAGCAAAAUGUUCUGUAGACCUCAAGUCAUACAAAGACGCUGAAGCAGUGUUAGGAACGAAUCUAGAUAUUGUUGCUUCUGAGUUUGGUGAACAAGCACCAUAUGCAUUACAACUACUAGCCAAAAUUUACAAUAUAACCGAGAGGAGAAGUAAAGCAGCUGAGGCUCAUAGGAAAGCUCUGUCUCUUAAUCCCUUCAUGUGGAAAUCUUUCUCUCAGCUAUGUAACAUGGGAGAAAAGGUUGAUCCCCAUCAAGUAUUCCAGAUAAACAACUCUGAAUUUACAUUUGGUGUCUCUACAUUAGUAAAUCUAGUCAGCAAUUCAGAAAACAUUUCCAUAAUCAAUAGCAAUAUUCCUAAUAAUACCAGUUUCAAUUUGAAUAUUACACCAAAUAAUAUCGCCACCCGUACACCCAUGUCUGUUUCCACGAGCAUAACUCCGGAGACACAAGCACCUGUGAAAAGAAUGCAUAGUGUAUUCAGCGGGAUGGCCCCGAUCCCAUUUUCACCUUCGUUUGGCAUGCUCCCUGUGGAAGAAUCUCCAGUAUUAUACACCCCCACACUGACCGAUUCUAAUGAACAGAAGGCUAUACCAAAGAUAGUGAAUUCCUUGCGAGCUCAUGUCGGUCAGUUAAAAGAUGCAGUGUUUAGCCCUAGCCCCAGAUGCACUCUCGGUCCUGCACCCAGAAGAUCAUCCAGGCUGUUCAGUAAUAACAAUAGCAGCUACUCCGUGAAGGAAAACAAUAAGUCCCCAAGCAGAAAGUUUGUUGCUCCAAAAAGUCCAUCAAGAAAAAAUAAACAACGCAAAAACAUUAAAGGGACCACAGAAAGCAACGAAAGGAACAAGAGCAUGGAAACUGUAACACCCACUCUCACACCCAAGAGUACUAAUGGCGUUGCAUUACUAGGCCUGCUGAAGGAAUUGGGUGAGGCUUACAAAUCUCUGGCGUUCCUUGAUUGCAAGACUGCAAUCAAACAAUUCCAGGAAAUUCCACAUAAACAAUUGCAUUCACCGUGGGUCCAGACAAUGAUUGCGAAGGCCCACUAUGAGCUAGCACAAUAUGAGGCUGCAGUUAAGAUUUUUGUUGAGAUUAGAAAGCAACACCCUAACCGUACUGAAGGCAUGGAUGUAUAUAGCACCUGUUUAUGGCACUUACAGAGGGAAGCUCAACUGUCAGCUUUAGCUCAGGAGUUAGUGGAACUGAAUAGAAAUGACUCGAUAGCGUGGCUGGCGGCCGGCAACUGCUUCUCUCUACACAAAGAAAGAGAAACUGCUUUAAAAUUCUUUAAGCGUGCAGUACAAAUUGAUCCAGAUGCGGCGUACGGUCAUGCCCUACUGGGUCACGAAUAUGCUGUUGCAGAAGAGAGUGAUAAGGCUCUCUCGAGCUUUAGGACUGCUGUCAGUAUUGAUCCUCGCAACUAUGUAGCGUGGUUCGGAAUUGCGACAGUAUUCGCGAGACAGGAGAGGUGGAAAGCCUCCGAGGUUCACAUACGAAGAGCUUUGGCAAUACAUCCACAUUCUGGGGUUUUGAGAUGUCAGUUGGGACUUGCACAGGCAGCUCUAGGCAAAAUGGAUCGAGCAUUAUCAACUUUAGAGAGAGCAGUCGCGUUAGACAAGGAAAAUCCUUUAUGUCGUUUCCACAGAGCCUCCGUGUUACUGAGAGCGGGAAGGCCUGAAGAUGCACUAGCCGAUUUAAAUCACUUGAAAGAUAUAGCACCUAGAGAGUCCUUAGUUUACUAUUUGCUCGGGAAGGUCUACAAUAAACUGGGAGAUUCACAUCUCGCCCUCAUGCACUUCAGUUGGGCCACAGACUUAGAUCCAAAAGGUACAGGUGGUCACAUAAAAGAAGGCUUCGAUCCUUCAAAACAGGACGAUCCCCCUGAGAAAUCGAGUUAAAUUGUAAUCAUUCUGUGUAUUAGGAUAUUGAGGUGUAGAUCUGCCAACUUUUAGUUUUUGGCAACAGAGUCACUCGACUGAUCAUUUGUGUAAAUUAUGACCGCUCACCGAUCCAACUCUGAUUUGACACCAAAUCUUCCAAAUAUAGCUUUAUGGAGCUCGGUUGGUGAGUGAUGGCAUUUAGCUGUUGUAGUAGUAAGGGCGUACGUGAAUCUGUUUAUAUAGAGUAAGAUGUGGAUAUUCUUUUUCGUUCUUCUAGUUUAUUGACUUGUAUAGCCAAUACUUCAUAGAAUGUUAAAUAUUAUGGUUAAAGACAAAAACACAUAGGGUCUUGAUCUCAAUGUGAUGUUUUUAUUUAAAUAAUAUACAUUCAUUACAAAUAACUUGACAUUGCAAUCGAUGAUAAUGACAUACCAAUCGCGUGAUAAGAGUCCAAAGCUAAAUUCAUGUAGAACUCAAAUUCCUUACGUGAACCGCUGGCGGUGCCGAAAAUAUGUAUUUCGAAUCAAGUUACUGUACAAAUUCAGUUUUUGAUAUCCAAGAUAUAUUUCUAUGCAUGCAAAAACUUUCCUAGAUAUUACUUGACAGUCAAUAGGUAAAUAUUAGGUGUAUAUUCAACCAAAAAUCAUAUUAUGUAGACUUAGAAGUUUUGUACAGACUAAUGAAUGUUCAUAAACUGCUUAUCAUUUUAUUGUAUAACGCACUAUUGUCCUUUGAAUCACCAAUCAACUGUUAGCUCUGUGAAAACAUGUAACAACCUGAAUAUUAUAUGUGAACUUAUAAAAAGAUA